UCCAGUGUCAGAGCUUCGAUCCUAGCUCCCCUCACAUCGGAGUCGCCGACACUGCUUCUUGCGCCGCCGGGCACCGUGCCCCCGCCGAUGGAUGUCGCCACCGCCCCCGUCUCCCCUGCUCCUCGCACCGUCGAGGACAUCUACAAGGACUUCAACAACCGCCGAACAGCACUCGUCCGUGCCCUCACCGUCGAUGUGGACGACUUCUUCGGGUACUGCGACCCAGAGAAGGAGAACUUAUGCCUUUACGGAUAUUCCAACGGGAGCUGGGAGGUUGCGCUUCCGGCGGAGGAGGUGCCGCCGGAGAUGCCGGAGCCGGCGUUAGGUAUCAACUUUGCCAGGGACGGGAUGCACCGCCGCGACUGGCUAUCGCUUGUCGCCGUACACUCCGACUCGUGGCUGCUCUCCGUUGCCUUCUUCUUUGGCGCGCGCCUGAAUGCCAACGAGAGGAAGCGCUUAUUCAGCAUGAUCAACGACCAAGCAACUGUGCUUGAAUCAUUGUCUGAACGUAAGCACAGCAGGGAUAAUAAAUCUGGUGUUGAGAAUAGUGGCAAAUCCAGACAAUUGGCUAAGCGAGCAAAUAAUGAUAUGCAGACAAGGAACUCGAGGCCAGCUGUUGUUGAUGAUGCCUACGAGGACGACGAUGAACACAGCGAGACUCUCUGUGGAACAUGUGGUGGUCGCUACAAUGCAAGUGAGUUCUGGAUUGGUUGUGAUAUUUGUGAGCGGUGGUUCCAUGGCAAGUGCGUGAGGAUAACUCCGGCGAAAGCUGAGCACAUAAAGCACUACAAGUGCCCUGACUGCAGCUCCAAGAAAGGCAGGCAAUAAAACCACGGAGCUGCUGGCCCCCCAUUGCUGACUCAGCUGAUCAAUGAAACAAUACUCUUCUCCUCUAGUCCAGGUUUGCAGCAGAUGUGAAUUGUUCAGCCAUAUUGCGCUCUGCUGUGCUAGAUGUUGAAAGGACAUACAUGAUAGUUGGUUUUAUAAACUGCUCAUGUUGUCGUUCCUUGAGAUAUGGAUGCUGUUCUUUGUAGCCUUAAUUUUAUAAGAAAUUCGUUCAUUCCA